CAACCCGGCGAGCAAUUAGCGCCCUCCCGUUCGCCGGUUAUUUACGAUCCUAAAGGAGGACGACUUCGACAGCCAGCAGGAAACAUGGCUGAUGAACUCAUCGCAAUCGCCGGUGGGACGAAAGCGGCCGCAAAUGCCAACGGUGGUGCAGCUCACUUGAAGGCCAACAGUGCCGCCCACGCGAAGCGAACCGUCGUUUCGAGCACCGUCGGCACCACAACAACGUCGACGAGCGGCAAUCACGUUGCACGUGCCGGCCAACCGACACCGAUAGCGCAGACGAAAUCAAGCGACAACUCCGAAUCCACACCGACCGUAUCGUUCUUCCUGAUCGACAGCUACUCCGCCUCGGAUAAGGUUCUUCUAAAGCUCGUACAAAGCUUCCGUCGAUCACUACAUUCCUGCAAACGCGGCGCGGAUCGUCCUGAAGCGAAGCGCAAGGGAAGCUCGUUCUGGUUCCGGCACGUUCCGGGAUGUUGCGCUGGUUCGCGGAAGUCUUUAUCGCCGACGGCCACUGAUGUCGAUGUCGAGGCGCACGACCCCGAGCUAGAGCUGACCGAGCAGCUCCGUUGCUCCGACAGUCACGAUGAACCUGACCGACCAGGAGGGAUCGACUACGCACCCGACGACCAGUACAUCCACCUGUGUGGACAACUGCAGCACCUGCUCGAAGCGUCAGUAGUGUCCACGGUCGAAGAUUUUACCCCGAACGACGUUAGAUACACCGGCCAACUGUUAGGGUCCGGGUGUAGCAGCUACGACCUCUCGAACGACCAAGCGAACCAACUCCGGCGGGCAGCCAGCGAUCGUCCCGACCGGUUCCGUCGCGCCGUCCCGGCACCGAAUAUGGGAGCGAAUGUGUCGUCGUCCGCCAGACAUCACGCGAAGGGACUCCCCGGUGGUCGCAGGGCGCAAUCGAUCGAUAACCUGAAGUCGGACACGACGCAGUACUUCCACCAGUACCACCACAACAAUAACAACAACCACCACCAUCACGGCGACCCGUUCCAUCCGCAAACGUUCCUGCCGGAGCCGGAGCACGUCGCCGACGAUGGUGGCGGGGAGAAGCCGCCGCCCCCGGACCUGGCCUGCAUCGACACGAGCCGGGCGCUCCCGAGGCGGGACCACUGGAGCCAGCAGCAGCAGCAGCAACAACCGACGGAUCAGCACGCCAUCUACGUCAGCCAGAAGGAUCGCAACAAGUUCUGCGGCAGCCUGCCGAACCAUCUCGACCUCGACGGCGAUUCCGCGCUCGACCGGGACUGCCAGGCCAUCGUGCGGCAGAACGAGUUCCUGCAAGCGAAUUUGAAGAACGUUCAACAACAUCAGCAACAGCAGCAGCAGCAGCCGACGAGAAAUAACGGCCCGGUCCAGCAACCCAUCGGGACGCCGACCCGUCUCUCUUCUAUGGCACCAUACAGUGGACAGCAUUCCUCCGAGCAGCAGCAGCAGCAGCAGCAGCAACAGGAUCAACCUUUCCCGCAACAACCGACCACGUACCAUCACCGUCAGCAGCACAGUUUUCCCCCGGCGGUUGCGCUCGGCGGAAGUGGCGUGGGUGUUGGCAGUACAUUCCGAUCAAACACAACAGAAUCCGGCCUCCAGCAGCAGCACCAACAGCUACACCAUCAUCUGCAGUUAAAGCUUCCGCUGCACAGGACAAACGUUGACGCCGGCUGCGAUCAGGGCUACGGAAGCGAGCGAUCUCCCGAGGACGAGCUGCCGCCUCCGUUGCUGCUCAUCCACGAGGCCCAGUACAACGAGAUCCUUGCGUCUUCCGCGGCUCAGCGCGCUUCCGCCAUGCACACACCAUCCCUCGCUGAGGGCCAUCGAGUUGACGAUGGCUCCCAAGGAGCACCCGCCGUUGCGCAGACCGACCAGUCUUCCGGCGCGAAUGAUACCGCCGACAGGGACACCGCGGCCCAACACUUGCAGCUCGUCGGUCCCUACAGUUUCAUCACCGAGGAUUGCAUCUUCUACGUUUCGCUGACCAAGGGCCCGCGAGGCGUCGGGCUGUCCGUAUCCGGUGGCAUCGAUUCGGCGGCCUCGUACCCGGGACUGAUCCGGAUCAAGCGGAUCUUUCCGCACCAGGCGGCGUGGGCUACCGGGCUGCUCCAGUCGGGCGACAUCCUGCUCGAGGUGAACGGCUGUCCGCUCACGGGGCUCACGAACUUUCAAGCCCUGGUGGUGCUCCGGAGUGCCGCGGACGAAAUGACCCUCACCGUCGCGCGGCCGAAGGGUGACCAACACCUGCAGCUGUCACCCCAGACCGAACCGCCCAAGCCGCCUCUUCGGGUGACGCUCUCGAGCGAGUACUUCCCUCGGCCGCAGCCGGUAGCCCAGGAGUCACCGGUUUCGCUGACUGGGGAGUUCGAGAUAGUGCUGACCAAGCAGCAGGGCUCGCUGGGUUUCACGCUGAGCGACGAAUCGGUGCACGGCCACUACGUGCGAAUGCUGAUGCGCGAGCCAGCGCUCACCGACGGCCGCAUCCGGCCCGGUGACCGCAUCCUCGAGGUCAACCAUGUGCCGAUCUCGUCGAUGACGCACUCGGAAGCGGUGCUGUUCCUGCGCCGGGCGGCCGACGUCGUGCUGUUGCGGUUGUACCGCGAUCCAUCGUCGGCCGACUCCGAUUCCCUCAGCUCGUCCCGCCCCGGUUCCGCCGACCGAUGCGCACGCCCCAAGGUGUGUCUCCGGCCCGAGGCUCGCAGUCUCCUCUCAGCGCUUGCCGCCACCCGCCAACAACAGCAGCAGCAGCAACAAUGCCAGCAACACACCACCGAACACUCCGAUCCGGCAGCCAAAGCCGAAGACGCCAACUCCCGGCGACUGCGACGUGGGGGGCUUCCGGCCCAUCGGCGCCCGCAUGGCACCACCGGUGGCCAACAGAGCUGCAACUAUCCCGACAGCUGCUCCGAUGCGGCCUCCAACGCCAGCCAAGAUGACGAGCGGUACUACAGUGACUGGGAGCUGGAUUAUCUGCUCGCGGAGGAGUGCAGCGGCGAGGGGCAGCUUCUCGGCGACGGUGAUGGCGACGGCUCGACAGGGGUGCCACUUUCGCGACCAACCUUCCUCGACCUGGACGCGUCGUGCGGUGGUGGUGGUGACGCGACCAGCACUCCCAACGCCCCCGACCGGGGAGAGGCGCCGGAAGCGGGCCGGGACUUCACCAGCCUGCCGUGCGAGACGUUCCUGGUCGCGUGCAAAACCGACCGGGACCUGCAGGCCGGCGAGGACGCGUACACCGAUGCGAUCUACGUGCAGCACUUCGCCCGCAAGUCCCCGCUCUACUCGUCCGUCAACGUGCCGGCAAGCAGCGGCCCGUCGGAGUUGGUCGACGCCGUACAGCAGGGAGGAAAGCAAAGCCUGCUGAAAUGGUACGGCGCAAGCAUGCUGGACGGAGAGGACGGCGGUGGCGGUGGUGGACUGCAGCCGAACCACGAUGCGACCCGGGCCCAAUCCGUGACGCCGGAUCUGACCGUCGCGUCGGAAACGCCGAGCUGCAGCUUGGGGGCCACCCGCUCCACCACACCCACCACCGAGAUCGAACUGUACGAGCACUACGCGGCCCUUGCCCUUGGCCGGGACACUGAGGGAUGCGAGAUUUUCACCGCCGACCUGCACAAAGGAUGGAACAGUCGGCUCGGUUUCAGCCUCAAGUCGGAGCCGGACGGAAGCGGACGGGCCCGGACGGUGAUCAGUGCCAUCCAUCCCGACAGCGUGGCCUCCCGAAACGGACGGCUGCGUGUCGGCGAUGUGUUGCUAUCGGUAAACGAGGAUUCGGUCGAGUCGAUGCCGACGGCGCAGGUGAUCGAGCUGCUGCGCAAUGCGCGCGGUUCCAUCUUCCUGGUGCUGAUGCGACCUGCGGGCGGCGGAGAGGAGGGCGAUCCGGCGGCCGGCAAGCUGCAACCGACGCCCGAAGAGCCGGAGGACGAGCUCGACGUCGAGGACGCGUUCCGUUUGGUGGAGGAGCUGAACCGAACGCUGCCGGAGGGCGCCUCCGACGGUGUUGCCGACGGUUUGGAGUGAGUGGACACACUCCACGACCAAGCUCGCUUUCCAGUCCGUUGAAUGUAAAUCACUAUUUAGUUGCUUCAAACAGUUCCAAAUGAGAGAGAGAUUCCAGGUGUCAGUGUUGUGUAAGGGAAGAGUCGUUUGCCGAGGUAAACAAUUAACUGCAAGAGGAAACAUACAAAAUAAGAACGCAGUGAUAGGAAGGGGAAUGGGAAUUGAUUCUUUUUUAAGGUAGAUAGCAGGAUGGCUCAGUCGCAGCAUCCCGAAGCAUAGCUUCAUUUCCAAAGAGAUAUAAGCAGAGUAAGACAGCCGGAGCAAAAGGUAGAGCUUAAAGGUUAAAAGCAAACAACGCUGAAACGCGUUGACGAAUGAAUAUAUCAGAACCGGGCGAAGGUGGGUCCACCAUUUGCAAUGCGAAGCAGGCGAAGAGAAUGGACGCUAGGGAAGGGAAGGGAAAAAAAAUGGUGGACACAAACUCAACAAUUAUGUAUCCAUUUCCGUAAUAUACCGCUCGUCACCUGUAUCGUAUCCCGUCGCUCCACCAUUCUGUCAUGGAGCUGUUAGGGAUUAGUGAAUCACCCAACUCCUCCUUCUCACACCUCCCGUUGUUGUUCCUUUCAUCCUUUCCAGUGUCCCACUCCAAACCAACCGAAUGCGAAACGAACACGCAAGACAAGAUAAACAUAGCCGUUUUUUACCCUCAA